UGACGGUUAACAAUUUCACUUGACUUAGUCACUUAUCCCUUACAAAAGUUACUCGUGGUUCACUUGAACCUUAUUUUGGCAGGCCAAGUGAAAUUGUCGACGUCGGGCGCUUAUUCUCGCUUGUCUUCACUUAUGCUCACUUAUGCUCACUUGAGACUUCCUGCAUGUUGCCCACUCAGCAAGUGAAUACAAGCGACCAAAAGUGAACCAAAAGUGAAUCCCCGCAAGUCUCAGUGACCCCAACAAGGCCCCCGCCGGGCAAAAUAGGCGUCAGCAGUCGUGCGGCAGCUACUGCGCAAAUACUCCAAGGCUGUGUUUUGCACCUGUCUAGCCCGCCAUCGCCGUCAAACCAUCCAGUUUUCUGCUCACCACCUUGGUGCGUCGACGCUGAUGUUGUACAGUUAUGUAGUCUUUGGCGAUGGUUCGUCUCGUGGUGGCCUGACUGUAAUGUGGGUAUUCUUGACCCAUCGCAGUAAUAACUCACAUCGCGAGCUAGACUGGUGACCAGAGCGAGACGUCAUGCGUCAACAGUUGGCAUCGUGCA